GGGAUUCUCGAUGUCACAUUGACUAAAUCAUCAUCCUUACCACAAAACCAAAACUCUUUUUCUCUUUCUCUUUCUCUGUUUGGCUAAAAAAGAAAAAACAAAGCUUUUUCUCUCUCUGUUAUUUGCCAAUCCAAAAACUCAGCUGCCUUUUCCUCAGCUAAAGAAUACUCUGAUACUCCCCCAGAUCAUAACCAUAGCCAUAAACAGAGUGAAAGAAAGAAGAGAACAGAGAAAAGGGUAUGAGAUGGGAACAACAAUAAGCCCAUUCAAAGAAUAUCAUUCUCAUUUUUUCACCAAAAAGCUCUUACCUUGGACCAUAUACUGUAUCCUCCCCAUAGCUGUGUUUCGUUUAUACUUUUACCCUCUUAACCUUCCUGAAUCGUCCAUAGAUCAGCUCCCUAAUUCCACCCCAAUUACUGUAACAAAGUCCUUCUCUUCCUUCUCUCCUCCACCUUCUUCCUCUUCUCAAGAAAAUGAAGGAGCUUUUAAUGAAUCUUCUUCUUCUUCUACAUGUGAUUACACUAGUGGGAAAUGGGUACCUGACAAACAGGGCCCUCUGUACAAUGGCACGAGUUGUGGAACAAUUAAAGAAGGUCAGAAUUGUAUCUCCCAUGGCAGACCUGAUCUGGGUUUUCUCCAAUGGAGGUGGAAACCCAACCAAUGCUCAAUUCCAAGGUUUAACCCCAACACUUUUCUCGAGCUCAUUCAAAACAAGCACAUAGCCUUUAUUGGUGACUCCAUGGCCAGAAACCAAUUGGAGUCCCUCCUUUGUAUGCUGUCCACUGUUUCGAAUCCUAAUCUUUUUUACAAAAGCGGUGAAGAUAACAAGUUCCGUCGAUGGCAUUUUCCUUCCCAUAAUGCCAACCUCUCAAUCUACUGGUCACCCUUUCUUGUUCAAGGAGUUGAAAAAUCAAACGACGGUCCAAACCAUAACAAGCUUUAUUUGGAUCGAGUUGACGAGAGAUGGGCCUCGGAAUUGGAUACGAUAGACCAGGUUUUGCUCUCGAUUGGGCAUUGGUUUCUUCAUCCGGCUGUGUAUUAUGACGGUGAUUCUGUUCUGGGCUGCCAUUAUUGUCCUGGUUUGAAUCACACCGAGAUUGGUUUCUAUGAUGUUCUACGAAAGGCCGUAAAGACCACUCUUAAGACCAUAAUGGAAAGACAAGAAGCUAAAGGUAAACGAAUCGACGUCGUUUUGACUACUUUUUCACCUUCCCAUUUCGAAGGUGAUUGGGAUAAAGCCGGGGCUUGUCCAAAAACAGAGCCUGAAUUAGAGGAGAAAACGCCUGAAGGAAUGAAUGCAGAGAUGAGAAAUAUUGAGGUUGAAGAAAUUGAGUUAGCUAAAGAAAACUCCAAAAGAAUUAUGGGGUUUAGGGUUGAGGCUUUGGACGUGACUAAGCUGUCAUUGAUGAGACCAGAUGGUCAUCCUGGACCUUAUAUGCAUCCAUUUCCAUUUGCUAAUGGAGUCACUGAAAGGGUUCAAAACGACUGCGUUCAUUGGUGCCUGCCAGGUCCUAUAGAUACAUGGAAUGAGAUAUUAUUAGAGGUAAUGAAGAAAUGGAAUCUGGGUCGAUCUUGAAAAGAAGAAUGAGUUUUUAUUAAUCACAAUAUUACAGUGCCAAAAUUCCUUUCAUAAAUGUAUAUGAUGGCCACUAGAGGAGGAAGAUAUUGAUUGAUUGGUUUUGGUUCUUUUAUGGAUGAGCUCUUAUGUGAUAAAACAAAGAAUCAAUUAAUGCCAAUGGUGGUGCCAAAGUGGUUCUGGUGAAGAGAUACUUCUGACAAUGGAAUUUAAUGGUGCCAAAGUGGUUUUGGACCUUUUCUGUGAAACUUACCAGGGCUUUCAAAUUUAUCAAGUACAGAAUUUUAUCAUUGCUGUCAUUGGCACUUCUGCUGUUUUUUUGUGAAUCCAGAAAAAAUAUAUAAUAUAUUUAUAUACACAUGUAUAUUAUAUAGUUAUUUUUUGGGGCCUCGUACUCGUUUCCUGCAAUUUGACAGCCUUCAAAUUUUUGUCCCUUGAGGAGUUUGUUUGGAUGUGUAGAGAAUAGAAGGUAUUUUGCUCUCUUUCUUUAUUUCUUUCUUUCAUGUACUUUUAAGUCUCGUCUGUAAUUUUUUUCUUUCCCAUCUUUGAGCAAAAUAUUAACUAUAUACUUUGAUGAAA